AAACAGACCAAAAAUUCACACGACAUCAAAAUUCACACAGCAUAAAAAUUCACAAUUAACACAAACAGCAAGUAGCCACCUAACAAGGGAAUGAAGUGGUCUGUUUUCUUUUUUCAGAACUCAAACAAAGUGAGAAGAGCCACGGCGAGGGGAGAAGAAUUUCAGUGAAGUCUUACCGGGGUGAAGAGCGGCCGAGGGGAGCGACGACAAAGCGAGCCACGGCAAGGCGAGCCGCGGCAAGGUGAGCCACAGCAACGUGAGCGAUGGUAAGAGCGAGCUAUCAAUGGCUGGAGAGAGGAUAGCACCGCGAGCAGAGACAGUGGCGAUCUUCGCGAGCAGAGGUAACGAACUGACGAACUACGACGACACUGCGAGUCCGGCGACGGCAACGGUUGAUGGUGAGUGCUCCGCGGAGCUUGGGGCUGCUAGGGUUUCUCCUUGAGGAUGCAGAGACGAGCCUUGGUACCGGGUGCUGGCCUGCUGGUUGUGGGCGGGUUGUGGCAGCAUGGUUCAGAAAACCGGGCUGUCCGGUCAGAUCGGGCCGAGAUCCGGCCGGUUCAACUGAAACAACGUCGUUUGUAGCUUAUAAAAAAAAGAGCUACCUUCUCCAAUCUGCUUCCAGCCCCUUCGCCCAUCCCCUUCCGUUUCUCCAAUCUGCUUCCUUCUCAAAACACUAGCCUCCAUCGCCGCCGCCCGUCCGUCGCAUUGAGGAGCUUCUUUCUCCGUCCUGUCGGCUUCUCCAAUUGUCUUAAGUCUUCGUCUUUUACCCUGUUCGCUCUCACCAACUUCGUCUUCAUCUUCUCCAAUCGUCUUCCGCUUCCUCUCGAGGUCAACUGCUCUUCGCCAUACUCUUCCAAACUUCUCAGAUCGAAGAUAUUGUUAGGGUAGAAAGAAAGAAAGAUGUCGGGGCAAACACAGCGUCUGAAUGUUGUCCCCACAGUGACGAUGCUGGGAGUGGUGAAGGCUCGUUUGGUUGGAGCCACACGUGGUCACGCGCUCCUAAAGAAGAAGAGUGAUGCACUUACUGUGCAGUUCAGGCAGAUCCUGAAGAAGAUUGUGUCUACCAAGGAAUCAAUGGGUGACAUCAUGAAGACCUCUUCUUUUGCACUGACCGAGGCAAAGUACGUUGCUGGUGACAACAUCAAGCAUGUUGUGCUCGAGAAUGUUCGAGAGGCCUCCCUCAAGGUCCGGUCCCGGCAGGAGAAUGUUGCUGGCGUUAAGCUUCCCAAGUUCGAGUACACCAAUGACGGCGAGGUUAACAAGAAUGACCUCACUGGAUUGGCCCGGGGUGGACAGCAGGUGCAGCAGUGCCGAGCUGCUUACAUCAAGGCAAUUGAGGUCCUUGUGGAGCUUGCCUCUCUUCAAACAUCCUUCCUCACACUUGACGAGGCAAUCAAGACUACAAAUCGGAGGGUUAAUGCCCUUGAGAAUGUGGUGAAGCCUAGGUUGGAGAAUACCAUUAGUUAUAUUAAAGGAGAGUUGGAUGAGCUAGAAAGGGAGGAUUUCUUUAGGUUGAAGAAGAUCCAAGGAUAUAAGAAGAGGGAAAUCGAGAAGCAGAUGCAAUCUGCCAAGAUGUUCGCUGAGGAACAGGUUGCUGAGAAGCUUGCAUUGCAAAGAGGUAUUUCGCUGAAUAAUGCUCAAAACAUUUUGUCUGCAGCGGCACAGAAAGAUGAGGAUAUCAUUUUCUGAGUGUAGAGAUUUCGUUUUGUUUGGUUUUCAUUGUUCUGAAUAUAAACUUGCUCUGUUGUCGUGUGCUGCCGCUGCAUCUUCCGGUGAGAAACUUCCGCUGCAUUGUACCAUGAAUAAAGGAGCUUGGUUUAUGUUCAAUUAUUUGUUUGCUAUUUAUGAACACCAUUUAUAUCAUAUUCAGAGGUAUAAUAAAGGAGCUUGGUAUAUGUUCAAUUAUUUGUUUGUUAUUUAUGAACACCAUUUAUAUCGUA